AUGGCGUCAACAAACCAACAACAACGUAUUAUUUUGAUCACAGGUGCGAAUAAAGGCAUUGGUUUUGAAGUUGUGAAGAAACUCAUUGAGCAACCGUCUUCGAAUAGCAAAGAUAUUCUUCUUCUUGGCAGUCGAGAUAUAAAACGUGGAGAAGAUGCUCUGAAACAGCUAGGCUCUCCACCAAAUGUACAUCUCCUACAAUUAGACACAUCUUCCAAGGAAAGCAUUGCUACUGCUACUAAUGAAAUAAAACAAAAAUAUGGUGGUCAUUUAGAUGUAAUUAUUAAUAAUGCUGGUAUUGUACCAAGAGAUAAUACUAUUCAGGCUGCCCGAGAAACACAGGUUACCAACUAUUAUGGUGUUAAAAUGCUUAAUGAACAUUUGAUUCCUCUCUUACGUGAACAUGGUCGUGUGGUCAAUGUGGCUAGUUCCAUAGGUCCAAUGGCAUUACAUUGUUUCUCCAAAGAUCUCCAAGAAAAAUAUACAUCCGAAACAUUAACUAAAGGACAACUCGAUCUUCUUGUAGAAGAAUUUCUUUCGGCAUAUGAAUCUAACAAUGUAGAGAAGAUUGGAUAUCGUCCUGAUUUACCUUACUUAGCGUAUGGUGUCUCGAAAGUUGCAUUGAUUGCUCUCACUCGAAUUGAAGCACGUCAAUAUUCUGGCGCUCAAAAUAUAUUUAUUUAUUCUGUAUGCCCGGGUUAUUGUGCAACGGAUCUUAAUAAUAAAGCUGCCGGAGCUCGGCCAGCUGCACUCGGCGCGGAUUCCAUCUUGUAUGUAGUUGAUACUCCGAAUCAUGAGUUGGAAAAUGGUGGAUUUUAUCUAGAUGGUAAAAAAGAACCGCAAAUCUGCAUGGACGAAGCCAAGGUGCAGUUUUUUAUCCAAACAUCGAAGAAACACCUUGAAUCAAAAUAA